ACAGGCAGCAAUACUGUUUUCUGCGGUUUAAAUUUUGUUCGUCUGCAUGCGUGUUUUGUAGUGAAGGUGCAAGUUAUUUUUGUAAAGCGAGUAGGAUUGCAUACAUAUUAAAAUUGUAUAGAUUACAGUGUUAUAAAAUAUUGAAGUAGACGUGUUGUAUUACUAUUUAAACUGCCAUAAAUCUGUUUAUUUUGAAUACCACCUUUUGCAUUUAAUUUUUUAAAAAAUGUCGGCGGAAACCCACGAUGUUAAUAUACAUGAUGAGGAUAUACAUGAUGCUAACUAUCAACCACCGCCACAGAAGACUAUUGAGGAGAUAAUGGCAGCUGAUCAAGAAGAUGAAAGCUUAAGGCGGUAUAAAGAAGCUUUAUUGGGUGAAGCGCAGGUUGAAAAAAUUAUUGUUGAUCCAAAUGAUUCUCGUAAAGUUAUUGUUAAAAAAUUAGCUUUGGUUGUGGAAGGACGUAAUGAUAUGGAAUUGGAUUUAUCAGGAGAUCUAAGUCAAUUGAAAAAGCAGGUAUUUGUAAUACAAGAAGGCGUACAAUAUAAGGUACGCAUUGAUUUCAUUGUGCAAAGGGAAAUCGUUCAUGGCCUUAAAUAUGUACAAAAGACUUAUCGAAUGGGCAUGCCAGUUGAUAAAAUAACACAUAUGGUCGGUUCCUAUCCACCUAAAAAAGAAAUACAAUUCUACUUAACUGCAGCAGAGGAAGCACCUUCAGGUCUAUUGGCACGCGGUACUUAUACUGUCUCAUCAGUUUUUACGGAUGAUGACAAACAUAUUCAUCUAAAAUGGGAUUGGUGUUUUGAAAUUAAAAAGGAUUGGGAAUAAGUGAUUGAUUUAAGUGAUUGAUUUAAAACAAAACAUUUAUGAAAAUGGAAAUAUUUAAAAAAAUAUAAACUGUAUUUUUGUAAAAUUCCAAAAAAAAAAACUACUCCAAAAAUCCCUUAAAGUGCUGUUUAUAUAUGUAAGUUGUAACAAAAGCAAUUUUCGAACUUUAAAAAUGUACCAAAAUUUGCAAUGUCUAAAUGUCGAACACAAAUUUAUGUUUAUUUCUAUCAUUUGAACUAUAUGUAUAUGUAUUAUUACUUCAGAAUUACUUUGUUCUAAGAGUUAUUUGAAAUUUUGUAGUGCACAGAUAAAAUGAUUAUU